UAGUCAGGGGUAUAGGUCGGAGUCUCCGAUUAACAAUAAUUUGAAUAAAUAGUCGUAUUCGUUAUUCAUGCUGGGUGGGUGUGACGUGGGCGACAAUUAGGUGUGAAGCUAGUGGUUAUUCUAGAUGGUGAAUGUAGUGUGUAACUAUGGGGAUCGAUCAGGGCGAGCGUGAGCAGCUAUCGAAUCAGAAGUUUGGCGGUCCUAGGCUUGACUAAGAUGUAUACUUGAUCGGAUGGGAUCUAGUGUUGUAUGUGAUUUGAAGGACUAUGCUAUUGAUGGCCUAGCUUAUCUUUCUUUGAUCAUAUGGACCCGUUGUUUUGUUGGUCAUGAAUCGGUCGUGUCACGACUAAGCGAGCCUUCGAGGAGCACCAUGAGAUCGCACUUGCAACUGCCCGCCCACUGGUGGACCACUGGAAGCCCCCUAAACGGCACAAUGUGUGCUUGGCAACUGUGCACAGCAAAUGGGGAGGGUUAUUCCAGCGUUAUGGAUAUUUCUGCUUGUGAUGCCAAUGAGCCUCAUUCGUAUAAAAGCGAGGGAAGCUCUGCAAUGGGAAAGCUCCACUAACGGCAGCAACAUUCUCCGCCAAUGCCUUGGUUGGGAGUGCUCUGUGCCAGCCAUUCAGACGGCGGUGCUUGUACUAGUGUGAUUAUUUA